AUUUACAGAAAACAUACUUGUGUUACUAAAUUAAAGUAUUUUUUUAUGUUUUUUAUGUACUUUGUGUGUACAGUAAAACGAUUAAUAUUUUUGUUUGUUACACAUAACUUAUUUAUAACCUUAGUUACUACUGCAGUAUAUGCACUGCAUAAAUAGAAUUUGACUCUUUUACCUCAUGAAUAAACUUGGAAGAAAUUUUAAGGUCAGAAUCCCUACAAAGGUGUUUUGCAGUCCUGCAAAGCUCCUUAACCAAAACACAACUCAUUUGUGCAUUACAACCUUCAGAGUAAAAUGCCACAAUGCUCAGAAUCUUGCAUAAUGUGCCAUCAGCUAACUCGACAACAGAGUUGUUUCUUUUUUGUAGCCGUUUGUUAGUUUCUGUGUGAUAAAGUACACCGUCGAUAAGAAAACGAUCAUAAUACAAGCAUUGCUGUACCCUGACAUCAAAUAUCAUAUAUCUUUCCAGUUGCAUUCAUUUAGGCCAAUCAGAGCCAAGUUUUUCAAAACAAGCUUGCAGGUAAGUCUCCAAUCACACACUGCAAUUUGAAUAUGCAAUUUGAGCGGGAAACGGAUACUGUGGUAUUCCAACUAUAGCCUACGGAUAUUUUCAACAGAAAUCAUGUCUUUUCCAAAUUUCGCUUUGUACUAUUUCCCUGACUCUGACCUAGUGAAGGUGGACAGCACAGAUAUAAUAUUAAGAGAACACAGACGAGCAGAUUACCAGGUCAGCUCCCGCGAACAAAUUAGCAGUGAAGAGGGCUAUGUAGAGGUGCGCCUGCCAAGUCGCAGCCGACAUGGAAAGAGCAAGAUACUGCCAGCAAAGAUCUUACUUCUUGGUGAUGUUUACAAGGACUUAAUUGUAAAGAGAGAUGCUUUUAAGAGAGGUGAAGACAUCUGGAAGACCAACAUUCUUCAAGGGAAAAAAACAUCCGAGGUCGUAAAGAGUGCAAGUACAUCUCAAAGUGCAGCUGCUGUUGCAAUGGGAGACCAGCUGAAAAGAGACCUUCUGGAGUUGAGGAAAAAAAAAGCAGCUCCUGUAACCUCCACUCCAAUGUCAGAUGACUCAGAUAACACUGAAAUUGACAUGUUUGAAAACAUACCUAGACAAUCAAGGAAGAGAGCUGCACUGGAGAGUGACAACGAACAAGGAGAUAUAAGUAAGGAUUUUGACAACAGUCUUUUGCAGAGUACAUCGCCCCAGAACACUCAUGUUGAGCUUGAUGAUGAUGUUGUCAAAGCUUUGAAAGAGCUUCCAGGGAUAGUAGCAUCUCUCAAAGAGGUCCUAGAGUCCAUGAAACGAGGCUCAUGCAGCUCAAGCCCAAGUUCAUCUGAGCUGUGUCUUUCAGAAACCUCAGAAAUGAUUUCCCUUGGUGGUUCUGAUGUAAAAGUCCCCAAAAGAGUCUAUGACAGGCUGAACAAAUCACGAGCUUCUCUUUUUACUCAAGAUUUGGCCACUUUACUUUUUGGAAGAGAAACUUUAUCCAGAUGUACGCUUACUGGUAAAUCCGGGAUUCAAUCAAAAGACCAGUUGGACCCUCUCAAGGUGCAAGCCCUCAUAGAUACUGUGAUCAAACAGUUUCCGACCACGACAGUGUCUGAGGUGCGAGCACUCAUUAGAAGAAAAUGUAACAAUGAGGCAAACUCCAAGACCAGUUUUUUUUUUUUAAUUUUUUUUUUACAGCUAUUGUAUUUCACUUUGACUUAAGUUAGUUUAUUUAUUUAUUUUUUCUGUUUAAUAUCUCUGCAAAUCAAUGCAUUUUAUGUUAAUGUAUUUUGUUUAGUUUUCAUA